AAAAAAACCAAAAGCGAACGGGAGAAAAUGGAUAAGAAGCUGCGUGCUGAAAUGGCUAAGCGCCACAACGCCACAGGCCUAUAUAGGCGCUUGCCUUUCCAGUAUACUUACAAGAGUCGACUUCCGCAGAAAAAAGGACUUGUGAAGCGAUGCAUGAUACGUAUUCUGAAAAAAGUGCAGUUUAAAAAUAAAAACAAAAUGAAGAAGGGUUCCAAGGAACCAAAAACACGUCCAUCCGCUACUGAGAGGGAGACAAUUUCCGAGUCCGAGGCCGAGGCCGAAGCCAAGCCAAUGGAGUCCGAGGCCAAUCCAGAGGAGUCCGAGGCCGAGGCCAACCCAGAGGAGUCCGAGGCCAACCCAGAGGACUCCGAGGCCAAUCCAGAGGAGUCUGAGGCCAAGCCAGAGGAGUCCAAGCCUGGAGGCCACGAGUCAAUCCUCAAAAAGGUGGAACCAAUGCAGGAGGAAGAACAGGAACCGGAGCAGGAGCAGGAGCCGGACCAGGAACAGGAGCCGGAGCAGGAGCCGGACCAGGAACAGGAGCCGGAGCAGGAGCCUAUCUCUGCACCGCGUAAACCCUUUCCAAACUUACGCGGGAUAGAAUUUCGUCGCAAAUCCCGCUGGAGCUUAGAAUAUGAUUGUGAAUGAACGCAGCGAUUUUCUUGGGGUCCGGAUCCAGAUUCCUCAUCACUGGACCACUGGACCACCGGACCGCAGGAGGUCAGAGCAACAACAAGAACGGAAGGAGAAGGCAACGAGAAAAGGCAACAACGAAAUACGAAAACGAGAUGAGACGAAACGUGCCACAUGUAUGGUAAAUUAACACCCCCCGCCUUCAGAACGGGACUAACACGACAAGCCACACUACAAGAAAAUAAUUGAAACAUUUCCAACACUUGACCACAUUGCAAUGAAAAACUCACUGACUGAUCACAACCCUAAUUGUGCAGCAGACACUUUUAAAUAAAGUGGAAGUCUCCUCGUCGUAUAUCCUUUUGAAGGACCAUUAUUUCUUGCAGUGGAAU